GCCAGGCCGACUGGCUCGAGCUUGCGAGCUUUCUAGCAGCAGCCAGUCGCCGGCUGCCGGGCCACGACCUCACAUCAACCCGGCUGCUCGUCCGCUUGGUUCAAUACUGCGCGAGAGAGCUUUCAUAGCCACGUUUCUUCUCAAUACGCUCUCUCGAAUUUACGUCCGAACUUUUGACAGACUGUCUUCUACUACAAUUUUCAUCUACACUGAAAAUGUCACGAAAAAGGACAAGCUCGCGAAGUUUUGAAGACUGUGUCAAAAUUUUCAACCGUCCACAAACUUUUCUUACGCAGAGUGUCCAGUUAUUGCAAGCUUUUGCAGUCAUAUUCAAAACAUUAACUGUGAGUUCCUUCGAUUGACUUGUUUGACUUUCUCUUUAAUUCAUUUUCCACAAUUAUAUUCCGUAUAUCCACGAGAGUGAAAAUUUCUGUGGUGCGCGGAUUUCGUCGGGAAUCAGGUACACGCUUCAAGCGUGGAAUUCGGACGUGUAAGAAUUUGUGUCAAGGAUUGUAGUAUCGAAGAUUGAAGGUCGAGGUCGAGUGUGAGAAUUACGUCGUGCGAAACAAGUGACGCCCAUCGGUUGUUUUUCCGAGGAACAACGGAGUAUGGCGGAUGGGUGACAAACGCGGGUUCACUGCAGGCUGAAGGUGUUUUUCAGCAUCGUUGGGACCAUGUGAGGCUUCGACCAUGAGGAGUGGCGGCCAGAGUGGUGUAUGGACAGUAAGCGUGAUUAUACUGUCGAUUGGCACCUGGGUGGGUAGAGUCGGGCCACGUCCAGCGGAUGGGGAGCUCGCGCUCCUGACGUCGCCGCGUGAGCGAUUGGAAACCGUUCGACAGGUUCUUUCUGAGGUGCCUUUGAUCGACGGCCACAAUGACCUACCGUGGAACAUCCGCAAUUUCCUCCAUAACCAGUUGGCGGAAUUCGAUUUUGACAGAGAUCUGCGUCAAGUCGCGCCCUGGAGCAAAAGCGCUUGGAGUCAGACCGAUCUCGUCAGACUGCGGCAAGGCAUGGUCGGCGGUCAGUUUUGGGCCGCUUACGUGCCGUGCGAAUCUCAGCAUCUUAACGCGGUCCAGUUGACUCUGGAACAGGUGGACCUCAUUAAGAGGCUCAUAGAAAAAUACUCUCAGCACAUGCAGUUCGCUGCAUCGUCGACGGAGAUUUUGGAAGCUCACGGGAGGGGCAGAAUAGCUUCCCUGAUUGGAGUGGAGGGUGGGCAUAGUCUAGGAAGUAGUUUAGCCGUUUUAAGAACACUUUACCAACUGGGUGUACGGUACCUUACACUGACACACACCUGCAACACACCAUGGGCGAGAAGUUCGUCGGUGGAAGACGACGAUGAAGAUGGCGGAGGCCUGACAGCAUUCGGCGAGACAGUAGUUAAAGAAAUGAAUAGGCUCGGAAUGCUGAUAGACCUCAGCCACACAGCGAGGGCGACUAUGAGAGCUGCUCUAAGAGUCAGCAAAGCACCGCUCAUUUUUUCACACUCCUCUGCGUUCGCUAUUUGUAAUUCCUCCAGAAAUGUGCCCGACGAUAUUCUUAAGCAACUGGCUGAUAACGGUGGAUUGGUAAUGGUCACGUUUUACAAUUAUUUCGUGAAAUGCGGACCUCAGGCCAGCGUCUCGGACGUGGCCGAGCACAUAUACUACAUUAGAAACCUGAUUGGCGUGGACCAUAUCGGAGUCGGCGGAGAUUUCGACGGCAUCAACAAAACUCCUCGUGGUCUCGAAGAUGUCUCGAAGUAUCCCGAACUAUUCGCUGAACUUCUUCGGAGUGGCAAGUGGAACGUGCUCGACCUAAAGAAAGUCGCCGGCUUGAAUUUACUGCGGGUCCUCACACAGGUGGAGCGCGUGAGGGACGAGCUGAGAACGGCGGGGAUUACGCCGCUCGAGGAAUAUCUUCCAGACUCGCCCGACACGAUCGGUAACUGUGCUCUGGAUAUUAACUCCGUGCAAAGGGUCACGGAAGUCUGAUCGAUCGGCUGUACGCACUGCCCGACGACACGCGAAUUAAUCUUAUGCCAGCACGACCAUUCCGCACAGAUGGGCAUGGCCGGAAGACAACCGGUCGCACCAAGAGCGCGGAUUAAAGGAGAAAAUUUGAUUAUCUCGUUCACUAUGAUCUCUAUGCUCGCAAAAGUUCUUCGAACCUCGUGCGAAAGCUCAAUUGAACGUCGACAUUUGCAAAGGCUCAAAAUAAACCUACCUCGAUACCUGUUUCACAAAGGCGACGGACAGCGGAUAUAUCGAUUACGCUUUAUUUAAAGGAAGGUAACAUUCUCACGUUAUAUUAAAAAGUAAUCGGAAGUUAUGCGUUGUCUAUAAAUAAUCAUAAAAAUAUCAAACGUUCAACGUAAGUGGCAGUAAUCUUUUUGCAUUUAGAAAAAUCAAAUGUUAAUAAUAGCGGAAAAUGUGUGUAGAAAUAAUUCGUUUUCCAGUGUGAACCUCAACCAUGCUUCUUCGAUAUACAUAUAGCGACACUAUUUGUAAACACGAUAGAAUCACAAAUUGCAACAUUUAGUUCUGAUCUGUUCGUCGCCAUUAAUUACCCGUAAUACGCAAACAGACUUUUCUACUUGAUAAAAUUCUAGCGAAUCGUUAACAGGCUGGUCAUUACUUUAAGAUCUACGCUAUCUUGCUGCAAAUAUCUUCACGAUCAUGUAAAUAUCUAAACGAUAAGCGAUGCGCCAUCCAAUAUUCGCGUGAAGAUAAAGCGUCAUUUUACUGAUGCACGAGACUGUUUCUAAACUUCGAUGUCUUCCUCUCUUGGAAACGAUCGUAAUAUGUGUGUGAAACUGUGAACCCCGGCUGUAUACCUUUGAACGUCUUCCUUCCCCUCAUUGCACCGACGAAAACACGUGCUCUACAAAGCGGAUGUUUGUAGAAGGAAGAAUCGAUGUCGUGUUCCUGCGAGCAGCAUACGUGACGCUCAUAAUUAACAAAAUUCUGAAAUCUUUUCUUUGCAUUUGUAAACUUUUUUAUUUGUUAUAGUUUAUUGUCCGAAGCCUGAUUUUGUCCAGAUUGAUUGCAUUACGUUAGGUUAAAGAAUUUAUAUUUUUACACGAAAAGAAUUAAAUGGUUUCGUUUAAAAUAACGCAUUUUUAUUUCUGAACUGCACAUAUGUAUGUAUUGGUCCUUUGAUUUACGCAGAGCAUCCGUUCUACGUGGUCUUUUUUACGUGAUUGAGAAUGGAGUUCGCGUAAAUGGAGUUUGCCAAUAUGAAAAAAAAUGUGCAAGAGAAAAAAAUCUAUGUGAAUUGUAAAAAUAUUCAUUUUACAUAUUUGCAUAAAAAUAACAAUAUUAAAAAUUAAGAAAAAUAAUUUAAAAUUUUCUAUCUUAUAACUGUCAGUACUGUACUCUGAAGUAAUCAGUCGAUGUAAUAGAUACAAUCAAAUAAAGACUCUCUGAUCUGAAAUAAUUUCAAUAAAUAUCGUAAAAGUUACAUUUUCUGAUGUCUAAAAAGAUCGCGUGAAACUGAAACGGCAUAAAAACAGUAUCACAUAAACGGAAGAAUUAUUUAUAGAUUUAUAAAAACCGCAUAUAUCAAAGGAUAAGUGUAAUUCUAUAAUUAGAUCUUUUUAAAGUUAAUAAAUUUUUUUAAAUAUUCUGUUAAAGAUCUCUCUGAAUAUUUCUUAUUUUAUUAUUUCAAAAAUAUAAUUUAAAAUAUGUGUCUAUAAUUAAUGAAUGUAAUGAGAUAUCAACACACUAACAUUAUCUUUUUAACUGUUAUUUGAAAACUAUAAAAUUAUCCAAAGUUCUUAAAUUGCAGUAAUUCCAAGUUAUUAAAAUUAUAUGCCAAUAAACAAAUCUAUUUCCAGACUUGUUAACGUCAAAACUCAUACUUACACAUAUCAAAGUAAAAUAUUAAAGCUACUCAUAUUUUAUACAGCAAUAACUAUUCUAGCUUUGCACAAAUUUCUCACAACGAAACUCGGAGUUAUGGAGGUCAGAUCAAGUGUCACAUAUAUUCUAAAGAUGUUGCUCGCAGUGACAAAUAUCGAUGAGAACAUAAUUGAUAACGUACGUGUUUUUCGACGCAUUAUAUGCUGGCCUGCGAUCUAUCGUUAAAACGCAGCCGGCAGUAUCCUUGAUCAAAGCAUCAUCUAAAGUCUAAAGACGGGACAUUUGAAGUUGCCUGGAAUAACCACUCGAGUAUCCGGACGAGAUCGCUUUUGCGUCAGUUUGUUCCUGGUAAUUUUCACAUAUCGCCGUCCACCUAUCUGUGUCUCGUGUGCACUUAUUAUAUAAUUCGCGCAGGAUGAAAUUCACGAUCAGAACCGAGUGUGAGAAUCGAGUCGACGACUCGGGCAAGAAAUUAAUCAGUUUGCGCGGAUUAUACCUCACUCCGCCGUUUGGAGUAGGUAAUAAAUUCUAGGAUAUCAAAGUUUCGUUGUAUCUCUCGAACGAAUUCUAUAAAUAAAUGUUUCUAUUGUAA